CUAUUAUAUGCCCAUUAUUUGUUGAAAAUACUGUUUUUUUUCACAAUUUUCACAUAUGUGGUAGAUUUUAAGAUUCUGAACAACUUUGUCAUUUAGUAUAGCAUAUCCGUGUAAAUCACACGGAUAGAUAGGAAAAAGGACUUCUUAAGGACUUGGGAUAAUUAUCGCAAGGUACUCCCAGAAAAAUGAAAAGUCCCGUGGGACUUCCGAAUCACCCUUUUGUUUUGCCAGUGACAUAGGUAUACAAUGCCCACAUAUUUUUUGAAAAAAUAUAAUAGUUUUUUGGGGGAAAUUUUUGAGUUUAUGGCCAAACAGUAAGGAAUUUUUGAAAACAAAAAAAGAGAAUUCCUUAAGAAAUGUUCACUUGAACUAUGGUAAAAAUUCAGCUUAAUCAGAUAGGCCCUUUUGAUCGAAGUGCUGCGUCAGGACCAGUCCAUUCUUCACUGUUGCGAUUUCUUCAGAACGAAAAGAAAGCAUUUGGGUGGACUAGUUUAGAAAUUUUCACCACCUGCCAUUUCCAAACAGGAGAUGAAAAAUACUUUAAAGUAUUUUCAAAAUGGUCGAUAAGUAACACGGUUUUGGGCAUUUCUUGAACGUUUCUUCACAGAAAAAAGACACUGAAAAUAGCUUCGUUCGAUAGAGAAUGAAAUUCUACGUCCAAUAGACUAGUUUAGAAAUUAUCACCAGCUGACAUUUCUAAACAGCAGAUUAAAACUACUUUAAAGCAUUUUGGUAUGCGUUUGCACGUAGCGGUUAUACGUAUGGCAAACUUGUUGCUUUUGUUAUUUUAUGUGCCUGGUUUUGUCUUCUAGAUAAACUCUUUCAAUUGUUUCGUUUCUUACAGAAACAUUUAUCUCAAAUGCAGAAAAGGUCCACAAUGGUUCCACACUGUAAAAGUGGAAAUAUUAGUCAAUGGUCAAGUGAAAAUUUGACGAACACAAAUGAAUCAUCAACUGAUGGAGAAUAUUCUAUGUAUAUAGGUGAUGAUGAUAGUUUAGAUUUUAAUGAACAAAUUGGAUUAUCGGAUAAGACAAGUGUCCUGCAGGAAUUUGAUGACGAAAGAGAUAAAAAAAGGGAAUUAGACGAAAACGAAAAUAAAAAUAAGAUAUCAUCCACAAAUCCACAAAAACGUAAAAGACAAUCGUCUAGCUGUCGUCAAGUAUUUUACAACGCAAUUGAAAUUUUAAAGAUGGUGCAAACAGCUGAGAGAGAUGAUACAUAUGAUGAUCUUCCAAAACGUGUUGUUGAUGAUCGAAUAUUUCUUAUUGAUUAUAGUGAAAGUAAUCGUUUGGAUUGUAGAAAAGAUGAGAAUGGCACUUGGCUAGCAGGCGGUUCAUCACUUGAUCAUUUUGUUGAAUCAUCUCCACAGAUAUUUAAUGUAGCACGAAUUAAUUUUGAUCAAACAUGGACAUAUCGUACAAGGCAAGGACAUAAAUAUAUUGAACAUCAUGUUACAAAUGAUCAAAUAAUAUCUGUCGAGCGUGCUUAUUAUAGGAAUAAAUCAAAUCCUGAAUUACGUCGUUUAGUCGCGUUUAGUAAGAAUAUAAAAAAUAAUGAAGAACAUCAUUUUCCUAUAUGCAUUCAAUAUGUUUGGACUGCUGAUAAUACAACACGUUCAGCCGGAAAACCACAUGCAAAUGCUAAACGAAAAAUUCAACCGUUUCAGUCUCGUACAACAACUACAUUACGUGAAAUUCAAGCUGCGGCAGUAACUGGCAAACCAACGACAACAUAUGCACAGCGUUUACAAGAUGAAGAGCAGCAACAAUCAAAUAGUAUUACACAAAUGAUUAGAGAUAAAGAUCAAAUCAAUUAUGCACGAAAAAUUGAUAUAUACAGCACUGUUAAUAUAUCUUUACAAGAACAGUAUUUUGAAUUAAUGAAUCGUACUACAACACAAGCUGAUGGUUAUAUAGCUUCAAUAACAACAACACGCGCGCAAAGUCCAAUGAUUUUAUUAUGUGAUCCAGUUCAAAUUCAAGAAGUGAUCAAGAAUUGCUGUAAUCCAGAUUGUGAAGAAAAUUCAAUACUUGGAAUUGAUACAACAUUUGAUUUAGGAACAUUUUACGUCACUCCUACAACAUUCCGUAAUCGAUGUGUAAGACAAGUUCGUACCGGUUAUUAUCCAUUAAUGUCCGGUCCAGUUUUAAUUAGUUAUAAUAAAAAUUUUGAAGCAUAUUCACAUUUGUUAUUAUAUAUACAAGAUGUGACAAACACUGCUGGAAAAAAAUUAAUAGCCAUUGGUAGUGAUGGUGACGGAGCUAUUAUGAAAGCCAUUAAUACACAUUUGUCAACAACAACACAUUUAUUGUGUACAAGACACGUAUUAAAAAAUAUUGAACGCAAAUUAAAAGAAAUGAACUCAUCUGAAUGUGAUCGAGAUAAAAUUAUUAGUUCAAUAUUUUAUGAUAAAGAUAGUUUAAUAUCUGCUGAAAGUGAUGAACAUUAUGAUUUGCUAUUUGAAAAUUUGCACGAUUUAUGGAAUGAUCAUGCACCAGAUGGCUUUGUAGAAUGGUUUAGAGAUUAUUAUGAAUAUAAAUUUAAACAUAAUCUUAUUGCAUCUGCGCGACAACAAGCUGGUAUUAAACCAAAUGAUAAAUAUACACCGUUUUAUUAUACAAAUGAUAACGAAUCGUUUAAUCAUAAAUUAAAAAAUGAAACUGAUUGGACUACUAAACCGCUUUUACAAAUAGUUGAAAUGUUACAACGAAGUGCUCAAACGGAAGAAACUUUAUUAAUCCGUUCAAUGCAACAAAUUGGUGAAUUUAGUCUUGUUGGACAAUUUCAGAAAUUUCAAUACGACACAAUUAUAUGGAAUGGUAAAUCCGAUGAUGAACGAACAAACAUAAAACAAAAAUUUCAUGAAACACAAUUUGUAACAAGUCAUCCACAACGCAGACCAUUAGCCAUUGAUCCAUCAGCCGGUAAAAAGCCCGGUGCAUCAACAAGAAAUACAAAAACUGUUA